AUGAAGGAGUCCGCUUUGCGACGCCGAAACGUUAAAGAUGCGACAAAUAAUGACAGCGCCGAUGCUGGCGACACUUCGAGGGAAGACAGCCCAGCAACCACUCACCCGACCACCCACGUUCAAGUCGUCCAACACGCCGUGCCCAAGACCCGAAAACGCCGGAAUACCUUCAUCUUCUUCCUUGGUAGUUUGUUUGGAAUCAUAGCCGCCGGUUUCUUCGCUUCCAGCAAUGACCUGAUCGAUUUCCCUGAGUUCACCGACUUGUCCAUGGAGAACUUGUUGGAUGCUCUACCUGCGGGCUUGGUCAAGGACAUGCGCGACCUCGUCCAGGGCGAGCGGGAUAUUGCCGAAUCAUACGAGCCAUUCUCCGUUGGCGACAAAGCUCGAUCAGAAGGCAUGGGGGUUCAUCAUCCUAUGAUCAUGAUACCUGGUGUCAUUUCGACAGGACUCGAGUCUUGGGGUACAGCUAAUGUCUCAAAGCCCUACUUCAGAAAGCGACUUUGGGGUAGUUGGACGAUGAUGAAAGCCUUGGUCAUGGACAAGGAGGUCUGGAAGUCGCAUGUCAUGCUCGACAAGAGGACGGGCCUCGACCCGCCUAACGUAAAACUAAGGGCUGCUCAGGGUUUCGAUGCUACAGACUUCUUCAUCACAGGAUACUGGAUCUGGAGUAAAAUCUUCGAGAACCUCGCAUCCAUCGGAUACGACCCAACAAACUCAUUCACCGCUGCGUACGAUUGGCGCCUGUCAUAUCCCAAUCUUGAGGUACGGGAUCGCUAUUUCACUCGGCUCAAGUCACACAUCGAAGUCGCACUGGCUACUGAGAACAAAAAGGUCGUUCUCGCAUCACACAGCAUGGGAAGCCAGGUUCUCUACUAUUUCUUCCACUGGGUGCAGUCUGAACGGGGUGGCCGUGGUGGGCCUGAUUGGGUUGAACGUCACGUCGAGGCCUGGAUCAACAUCAGUGGCUGCAUGCUUGGGGCAGUCAAGGAUCUGACUGCCGUUCUCUCUGGUGAGAUGCGCGACACGGCUCAGUUGAACCCAUUCGCUAUUUACGGCUUGGAGAAGUUCUUGAGCAAGGAGGAGAGGGCCGAGAUAUUCCGCGGCAUGCCUGGAAUCUCAUCUAUGUUACCCAUAGGUGGAAAUUCUGUUUGGGGCAACUUGACGUGGGCGCCAGAUGACUUGCCGGGCCAGAAUCGUUCGUAUGGAUCUCUAUUGAACUUCAGGGUUGGUUCCAAUUGGACAACUCCUGAUCGUAACUUUACCGUUGAGGAAGGUGUGUCAUACCUGCUCAACACAACCGAAGACUGGUAUCAGGACCAGAUCAAGGGCAGUUAUUCUCGAGGUAUUGCUCAUUCCAUAGAUGAGGUCGAGGCCAACGAGAAUGAUCCCCAGAAGUGGAUAAAUCCUCUCGAGACACGACUGCCACUUGCUCCCAGUCUCAAGAUUUACUGCUUCUACGGUGUUGGGAAACCCACUGAGCGAGGAUAUUUUUACAAACCACCGGAUCAACCAUCAUUGACAAACCUCAAUAUUACAAUAGAUACGGGUUAUACCGAAGGCGAUGUUGACCACGGUGUUGUCAUGGGCGAAGGCGAUGGUACGGUCAACCUCCUCAGCACAGGUUACAUGUGUAAUCAUGGCUGGAAUAUGAAACGCUACAACCCUGCAGGCGUCAAAGUCACAGUCGUCGAAAUGCCCCACGAGCCAGAACGCUUCAACCCUCGAGGAGGACCUCGCACAGCUGACCACGUUGACAUCUUGGGGCGAUACAACCUGAACGAGCUCCUGUUACGGGUAGCGAGUGGAAAAGGUGACACGAUUACGAACUAUGUUGUGAGCAACAUCAAAGAAUAUGCGUCCAAGGUCAAGAUUUACGAUGAUGAGGAGACCUCAUAG